AUGUCGUCGACACCAUCAUCAAAGUCAACAACGGCAUUGCCUCUUCAUAAGUACGGAGCUUUCGAUAUGGAUGACAGUGCUAUCGUCCGCGCUUUCAUAGUAAUUGGUGGAAUCUGCUUUCUCAUAUCAAUUUAUUGCGUCAUAUUAUGCUGCAGAUCCAGAGUAAGCCGAAGCCGAGUACGAAAAUAUGAUUUGAUGUCGGCAAAAGAUUUACAACGAACAGCAUUGGCCGUCGAUUCUGAUUCUGAAGAUGAUCUAUUCGAACCACCGUCGUCCGAUCGGCAAAAGUUGGUGGUCGCAGGCUCUUCAUAA